CAACAACACUGUACUCGAACUCUGCUUCAAAGGAAAAAAAAAAAAGAAAACAGCAAUACAUAAUACUCCCCAUUCAAUCAUGCCAAAGGACACAGCAUCGUCCCUUCUCGCACAUAUUCUCGACAACACUCAGAUCCCGCAUCAGCCCCUGCUUAUCCUCCGGGACGAACCCACUUUUCCUGCGACGCCGAUAUUCAAUCAUCUCCUUGCAACUGCAGUUUCUAGAAACGAGCAAAUCACUUUCGUAACCGUCCUUAACCCACCUGAAGAAUACCUUGAUCCGAGUUUACCGCGCGGGGAUGGGCUAAAGAUCAUAGACCUUUCAGGUGAUGUUCCCGGAUAUACUUCAAACCUUUCUUUUCCAGAGAUCAAACAACGGAUACUCUCCUCUUACAAUGGCGGACAAAUAUUUAUUGAUGCGUUGCAUGUCCUGGGUGAGGAUCAUUCGUUCGCUGGCGUGGUAAGCCUUGUUCGAAGCUUGCUGGCAUCUAUAAAAUCCCAUAAAGCCCCCUCUCGACUCAUCCUGCCUCUCCACCCCUCUCUCCUCCACCACUUCACCCCGCCCACUCUCUCCCCAACGCUCUCCCUCCUGUCCCCCCUUCCUCUCCCGCUCCUCACCCAUUUAUCCAAACUCUACCUCUCACCCAUCUCCUCCAGCCCUUCCGCGAAUUACUGGAUGGUGCUGGAGAAUGCCAUGAAAAGAGGAGUGGGCAGGGAACUGGCUUAUAAGGGUGAAGAGGGGUUGGAUGUGGGCGCAAGGGAUUGGGAAGAUGGUGUGGGCGUGGGUGUGCUGGUAAGGAAAGCGACAGGAGGGAUAAAAGGGAUAUCCCGCUCCCUCGAAGCAGUAGUCCUCAGCCCACCAUCCCAACCCUCAUCUUCUCCCACCAACUCAACACUCACCCUCCCACCCCUUUCAUCCCUCAUCAACCUCACGCCAUUCACCCCCCCGCCUCCAUCUGCAAUCCCGCCCGACGCCUCCGCCCUCGGUUACCCCGCUCAAGCAGCCACCCACGCCGAUCUCGACUUGCCCUUCAACCUCUCUCUCACAGACUCCCAGCGCCAGGCUCGCGCACAGGUGCCUCUACCGUAUGCGCACGAGGGGGAGGGUGCUAGCGGGGAUCUGGUGUGGGAAGAUGAGGAAGAGAGCGACGAUGAAGAGAUAUAGCUCGUUGUCCUCUUGAACCUGUGGUACCCAGUCAUAGAGUGUAAACAAUGUAUUUUACGUAACCGUCUGCCUCCACAUCAGGUCUCCUGGCUAAGCGGGUGGCGGCUGCGAGCCAUGUGCUCCCAUCUCUGCAAUCCCUUUAUUUCUUUACUUCUUUAUUUCUU